AUGCCGGACACUGACCCAAGCCGACCAAACCCAACUACCCUAGACCAAGGCGUAUCGACUAUUCCCAUUCAACCUGAAUCUAUAGAGGCGGAAAAGUUCGCAUACUAUACUGAACAUUCAAGUGAUCAAUCUCAAUGGGACCAAGAAUCCAUCGAUCAAGAAAUCCUUCAAAGGGCCAGGAGGAACUUGAAAAUACCAACUUGGCCUCUCCCAAGUAAAUCAGAAACAUCUAUGGUCUUUUGUGAGAUCACACUGAGUAAACAAACUUCGUGUAUCGAAGAUGUGAAUGGUGAUGUAGAGGAUGGAAAGGGACUGAACCUGAAUAACCCAAUCAAAGGUCAAGACGGUACAGUCAUUUAUGAUCCAGGUGAAUAUACGAGGGGGUCCCCGAUGAGGAUCUGUAAUAAAGAUGGUCAAUCAUCAGAUUGGAAGAUAACUUUUGAUCAACUGAGAUCAGAUCAUCCAGAGGUAUAUAAAGAUAUACUGAGAAGAUGGGAUGAUAAGUCAACUACCAGAGUUGAUGGUCGCGUUCAUGUAUUGAGACCAUUCAAAGAUGAUUUCCAUACUCGUACACAUGGAUGGUCCAUCCAGAUUAAAGAAGAUCCGUAUAAGACCGUCUGGGAUACGAGCGAAGACUUGGAAUUCCCUCGUAUGUCCACCGAAACUGCUAGAUGGUUGGCGGGAUCCGGUGCCGCACUCAGCGAUGGAUAA